UGGCAUCAAUGGUAUUUGUCUAUCUGAAAGGAAAGGUAAAGAGUGUGAACAACCAGUUUGUAGUCCUUCAAAAAAUUGUAACAAUCAUGGUAUUUGUAAACCAGUCAUGAAUUGUAAAGCAACCUGUCAAUGCUUUAGACAAUGGAUGGGUAACGCCUGUGAAAUACGUAAUCCAAGGGUAGCUUGGGGUGAUCCUCAUUUAGAAACAUUGGAUGGUAGAGCAUUUGAUUACUUUGGUAUUGUUAAAUUUUGGGGCUGUAUUUCACCAUCUUUGUCAUAUCAAUAUAGAUUCUAUGCUUAUAAAACUACAUCAUUCAUUGGAGCAAUUGUCAUCAAAGUAGGAAAUUCAUCUGUUUUAACUGUGACUACUAAACUAAAUAUAACAGCUGAUGAUUUUCCUUCUCUAAGAUUGGAUGGAUCUUUAAUUGAUAACUUGAACAGUAACCAUUCCUAUAAGUUUGACAAUGACACAAUUCGUCUGGAUAUUUCACCAAAAUCUUCUCUCAUAAACAAGAAAGAUCCGACUAUUUUGAUAACAUCAGUCAAAUACAAUAGUGGAUCAUCAAUCUCAGUUAUCACAUCAUUCAGUGAGAAAAUGAAAUGUCAAUACUUAAGUUUGUCAAUUACUGGCAGUGAAAAAAUGUUUAAUCAAACUUCUGGCAUAUGUGGAGUGAUGAAUGAUGAAGACAGUGAUGACUUUAAAGGCCCAAAUGGUGAAAACUUUACAUCACAUAUUGAUUUUGUUGAAUCAUGGAGAAUGACAAGUACCUAUAGACAAAAUAGAGGUCUAUUAAACACUUGGUCAUUUCAUCUAUCUAACUUUCAUAAAGAUGAUGUUAUGGAUUCUAGUUAUACUCUCUCUUCUCAUAAACCUAUUUAUAGCCUCAAAUAUAUUAACCAAUCAAAAAUUGAUCUUGCUUCGGAGUUAUGUGCAGGUGAUGAUGUGAAUGAAGAUGACAAGAAAAGAUGUAUAUAUGAUGUUGUUAUGUCAGAUGAUCCUUCUAUAGCCAAACAAGGUAUUUUGACAUUGAAGCAAUGUAAAAAUCAAUGCUCAAAUAGAGGAACUUGUCAAGAUAAAGUAUGUGUUUGCAUUGAUGGAUGGUCUGGAGAAUAUUGCGAAAUAGGGUUCUGUGAUCAAUGUGUCAAUGGUAAUUGUUCUGAAGGAUUCUGCUCUUGUUUUAAAGGUUUUGAGGGAUCAACAUGUGAGAUAGAGGCAUUCUGUGAGGGAAACUGUUCUUCAAGAGGAAUUUGUGUGAAAACUGGUGUUUGUGAGUGUGAAAUAGGUUGGACAGGUAAUAAUUGUUCUGAGGUAGCAAUAUGUCAAAAGGGAUGUUCAAACCAUGGAGUGUGUAUUGAUCAUGAUAAAUGUAAAUGUGAAGUAGGAUAUACAGGACCAACUUGUUUACUGUAUUCUUGCGAGAAUAUGAACUACUGCACCAAUCAUGGAUCUUGUCUGGGAUUUGAUGAAUGCUUGUGUGAGGAUGGAUGGAAAGGAGAUGCCUGUUCAAUUGCAAUUUGUGAGAAAGAUUGUUCAUUGAAUGGAGAGUGUAUUGCACCCAAUAAGUGUUUAUGUAAUAAUGGAUUUCAUGGAGAUUAUUGUGAACAUUUAAAAUCAUGUCCAGAUUUAAUGAAUUGCAAUGGUCAUGGAAUUUGUAAGAAUGAAACAGAGUGCAUCUGUGAUAGUGGUUUCACUGGAAGAAAUUGUAGUGUACCAGAGUGUGAUCCACCAUACUCAUUGAAUGGUACAUGUAUUUCAGCCAAUGAGUGCAAGUGUGACCUAGGAUUUGAAGGAAUGACUUGUUCUGAAUUUUCAUGUGAAUCAUUAAAUUUUUGUUCAGGUCGAGGUAGUUAUAUUUCAUUUGAUAAUUGUUCAUGUGAUCUUUUAUGGUAUGGACCAAAAUACUCUGAAACAUCAUGUAAAAAUCAAUCAAAUUGCUCAGGAAAUGGCAUAUGUGUGGCACCAAAUGUUUGUAAAUGUAAAAAUGGUUUCACAGGAGAGGAUUGCUCUGAAAAAGCUGUUCCAAAUAUAGAUAAACCACAAUUUUUAAGUGAUGAUUAUACAGUAGUUGUUGAUGAACUCAUUUCAAACAAUGAAUAUUUAUUACAAAUUCAGGCUAAUGACACAGAUAUAGGAUCUACUAAAGGAAUCUUCUAUAGUUUAGGCUUCUCAAAUAUUUCUGUAACAAUUGAUGAAAUAACAGGCGUGUUGCAAUCUAAUGUAGAAUUUAAACCAGGAAGUUACAAUGUAGAAGUAGUAGCAAUGGAAAAUACAUUAUCAAAGUUAUCUUCUUCAGCCUCUGUAACUAUAAAUGUUGAGGAUGUAAAUAAAUGUGCAGUAAUUAAACAUCCAGUUUUGAAUGAUAAGAUUCUGUUAAAUUCAAGUAUACCUCAAGGAUCCUUGGUAUUAAGGAUAGAUGCAACUGACCUUGAUUAUGGUUUGAAAGGAGAGCUGACAUACAAACUAGAGAAAACUGAAAAAGAAUCAAAUAUUUUUGAAGUUAGAGGAAAUUCAACAGAAAUAGUAACAGUAAAGUAUCCUCUUCCAGUUGGACGAUUUGAACAUCGUCUUAUUGCUUUAGAUAAAUCUGAUGAUCCUUGUUCAAGUACAUCCACCUUUGUUGUUUAUAUUCAACAAGGAGAAGAAGUGGAAGUUACAACUGUAAAACCUGAAGAUGGAACUAUUUCUAAAAGUAUACAAAGUACAUUACCAAAUGAGGAAAGUACUCUGAAUGAAUUUAGUACAGAAGAAGAUACAGAUUUUACUACUAAAGCAUUUUCAAAUUACCUAACUACAUCUGGUGGAGAAAUUAUUGAUACCACAUCAUAUUCACAAACAGUUAUUAAGAAAACUUCUGAAAUGACUUAUUUAAUAAUUGCUAUUUCCAGUGUUGGUGUAAUGGUGUCAAUUGCCAUAUUAACAUUUUUGUUCUUAUUUAUUAAAGCCAAAAAGGGAAAAGGAUAUAUAUAA